AUGAGCAGGAGACUAUCAGCCGGCUCCGGGGAGAUUGAGCCUGACACCCCACUACGCUACGCUUCACCCUUCCUCGUGUCGCCUUCCAAGGCGAACACUCUUCUCGAGGAGUCGGACGGCGAGAAGUCAGACGGCACGGAGUUGGCCCUCUUGGGUGAUAACACCUGCUCGUGCUCCCCAGCAAAAGGCGGGGUCAAAUUCAAGAUUCCCAAGGCGAAAGCAGACACUUACUUUGUCUGGUCUUCAAAUAAUCCCCCACCCGACUUUGAGACCAUAGCCAACGCCCGCGGCAAAGCAUAUUGCGCCUCGAUAAAGCUCAAGGAGCCGCCCUCGUCAACAACACCUCCCCCUAUCCAUCGUGGUUCCGUUGUCGCCAAGGCAGAGGAUUGCCUCGCACAACUUGAGGACGACAAGCCUGCAGAGAAGGACCAUCCUAGGUCCUCAGACGAAGAGACUGUACGACACAGCGAAGAUUCUCAACCUUCCAUACCAAAGUCUCAAGGUGACAACAUCCACGUCAACAGCAUCCACAACGACGACGACCACUGUAACGAAACAUCAAUCGUCGAAAUUAUUCGGGUCCUACUUCUCACGUUCAGCACCGUCGUUAGGGGAACAUCUCGUCUUGCGCUCUUCUCAAUCUUGGUACCUCUUUCCUUUGUGAAGCGCACGGGCCUGUUAGUUCUUUGCGCUUUGUUUGAGGUUGCCAAACUUUGGCUCUUGUUCGCAAGCCAGUGCCACAACACACUGCUCCUCAUCACAAAGAAACUGACCCUCAUAGCAAAGAUCCAAUGCAUCAAGGGUCUUACUUGGGCUCUACAACUGCUGAUAUGGAGCAAAACAUCCAAAGCAGCACUCCGAAGAGACGAGGGUCCCGCUGCCACUGAGGACAAAGGAAAAGCAAUGGACCACGACGUGGACCCUUCAACCGAAGCUCCGGAGCCUACUCCGACACGUGAAGAAGCACCGACACCGCUUCCGAACAAUCCCCGGUUUGUUUCAACGGCAAUGUCUUCGGCGUAUUGGGCUGGGCGCUUUUCGUCUCUCCAUGACCGGUUCCACAGCGAGUUACUAACACCUCGUAAUCUCAAUCUGAUUAUUGAGGCACAUACAUUCUGUUCCACGAUCUCUAGUGAUCUGAACAACUCGACAUCAACCCCCGUGCCCCCUACAGCAUCGGCAUUCAAUAAUCCUUCUACCUCCGUAUACGCUUCUAGCCGGAUCGUGCCCACCCGCGAUCUCAACAGCUACACACCUGCAAAGAGGCACUCAAAUGCCGACCAACUCGGACUUAAGACGACUGAUCAUAGACACAUACCUCACUAUAUAAGAUGCAUACCCCAUUCAGCCACCACCGAUGCUAUCCUGCAGACCUCAAGAAAGUCUAGCACCUACGUCAGUGAACGGAAUCCUGCAGUAUACAAGACAGUGCAGCACGAGGAGAUAUCCCAUCCAAAGGCUUCUUCUCCUUCAAUGAUACCUACUCGCGUCAUCCCCAGGUCUGAAUCUUCAAGGAUUCUUCCCCGGCGGCCUCUGCCGGAACCUCCCGUAUCCGAAUCUUCAAGGGUCCUACCCCGACGCCCCCUGCCAGAACUUCCAGUCUCUGAAUCUUCGGGUAUCAUUUACAUUCGCCCACCAACCAGCCACAAUAAUAACAACUAUCCGUCGACGAACUUCAGAAUGAAGAACACCGACCGCCCGAACAGGAUUAUGAGCGAAUCCCAGGCCAAGGCACAGAAGGAAAGGGAAGCCAUGCUUCGAAGAGUAACGGUUGCGGAUGCGACUGCUCUUACGGAUGACGACAACAGAUGUCGUCGCGUCUUCCUUCACCUCGAGGCAUGCUGUCUCACCGAUGAGGCACGCAACUCGCUGUAUGCUUGGCAACAGGACUAUGCGAGAAAGACACAGCGAGAGGUGCUGCUCCCAAAGGGUGGUACCAUGCAUGACCCGCGUAGCUUCAGAAACAGUGUCUUUGGCAGGAGUUUGUUUGGGAGUCGCCGGAGCAUGGGGUCCUUGCCUUCUGGUUCUAGCGGAGGUAUCAUCACGACUGGCCUCAAUGUGGACCUUGGACAACCUCAAAGUGAGGUUCGGCCCUCGAAAACGGAGCGGUCACUGCUUCAGGUGCCGAGAAGAGUGUUUACCCACGGAAGAUCAGCCAGUAUGAAAGUUGACAGCUUGGAGCCGAGUUCGUAUGGCCAUCGACUUGAGCGACAUGGUACUGUUCGCGGAGUUAACGCAGACCACGAGGUCAGGAAGGGACGGUAUCAACAUCGUAUGAGCCUUGCGUGA